AUGAUGAGUUCCACUUCCACAUCAAGUGAGCAACACAAGCAGCGGCAGCUAUUAUCUAAGAUAGCCACCAACCAUGGACACGGUGAAGACUCUCCAUAUUUUGAUGGAUGGAAAGCCUACGACAACAACCCUUUCCACCCAACCCACAACCCAAAUGGAGUCAUCCAGAUGGGUCUUGCGGAAAAUCAGCUCUGCUUCGACUUGAUUGAAGAUUGGAUUAGAAGAAACCCACAAGCAUCUAUCUGCACCACAGAGGGAGUCAAAGAAUUCAAGGAUAUUGCGAUCUUUCAAGACUACCAUGGCUUGCCGGCCUUUAGAGAAGCUGUGGCGAAGUUUAUGGGGAAAGUGAGAGGAGUCACAUUCGAACCCGAUCGCAUAGUUAUGGGUGGUGGAUCCACCGGAGCCAACGAGUUGAUCACCUUUUGUUUGGCCGACCCGGGUGAUGCCUUCUUGGUCCCCUCACCAUAUUACCCAGCGUUCGAUCGGGAUUUGAGAUGGAGAACAGGAGUGCAACUAAUUCCGGUCGUUUGCGAGAGCUCUAACGAUUUCAAGAUCACUAAAGCAGCCUUGGAGGUAUCAUAUCAGAAAGCCCAAGAAGCCAACAUCAACAUAAAGGGCAUCAUGAUCACCAAUCCAUCAAACCCCUUAGGGACUAUCUUGGACAGAGAGACAUUGCAAACCAUAGUAAGCUUCAUCAACGACAAGAACAUCCACCUAGUCUGUGAUGAGAUAUACGGAGCCACUGUCUUCAGCCAACCCAAGUUCAUAAGCAUCGCUGAGAUAAUAGAGGAAGACGAUACCUUGAACAGAGAUCUCAUACAUAUCGUGUAUAGUCUCUCAAAGGAUAUGGGAUUGCCAGGCUUCAGGGUUGGUAUAGUUUACUCAUACAACGAUGAGGUCGUGAACAUUGCUCGCAAGAUGUCAAGCUUUGGACUAGUCUCCACACAGACGCAACAUCUAAUAGCAUCUAUGUUAGCAGAUGAUGUGUUUGUAGAAAGGUUCAUCGCUGAGAGUUCAAAUAGGCUAUCAACAAGGUAUAAGAUCAUCACAAGGGAGCUUGGUAAAGUAGGUCUUGGAUGCUUAAAGAGCAAUGCUGGUCUAUUUUGUUGGAUGGACUUGAGGAAACUUCUCAAAGAAGCAACACUAGAAGCAGAGAUGGAGUUAUGGCAUGUCCUAGUGAAUGAUGUUAAGCUCAAUGUUUCUCCAGGUUCUUCUUUUCAUUGCUCGGAGCCUGGUUGGUUUAGGGUGUGCUUUGCAAACAUGGAUAAUGAGACCAUGGAAGUAGCUCUUAAGAGAAUUCAAAAUUUUGAGGGGAAGUCAAGACAAGCAGAGGUACCUGCAUGCAGUAGUAAUUAGUAGUAAAAUUUCA